AUGUCGCUCACGCGCCGCAAGGGGCUGGUUGCCCAGCUCAGGGAGCCGGCCUCCCCUUUACCGCCUCCUGAGGACCCUGAGUCCCAGCCCCCCAGUAGUAAGCGGCUCUGUGUCGAGGAGCCUGGCGGUGUCUCUGAGGCAAAAUGGAGGCUGCCUUUGGUGCCUCGCUUGUCUGAGGAGGAAAAAGCCUGGGAGUUGUCGCCCAGGCCCUUCGAGGCGCUCCUCGUUUCAGGGAACGUGAUUUUCGAUAACUCCUCAGACUUGCGUGUGGAGAAAUCUGCCGGUGGGAUGCAGACAUGUGAUCUGAGGUGCCAAAAUAACAAACUGGAGGUGAAGAGCUGUGCGCAGCCUCCCCCCUCACAAAGUUCUGAUUCUGAUGUGAGGGCUUCGGAACCAGGCCUGUGUGUCAGCGAGGUGUUCCGCGUCCAGUGCGGCGAUGGAUCCAAAGCCGAGGCUGGCCGGCUUCCGCCCAAAGCCUCCACACGCGAGACGCACGGAGCGAACGGGGAGGGUGGACAACAAUAUUUAGUCCGAGGGAGAGACAAUAGUCAGCGAGACAAGAGUUAUAUAAAACAGACAGAGAAUCUGUUUUUGGAUGUUACCUUUUAUAAGGAAACUGAAUCGACAUUUCAUGAAGUUAAGAACAGACGUAAAGCUGACCGUGUUAUGCCAUCAACUAUAAAAGAAAAUACCAUCUUUUCAGCAUGUGCGCUCAAAACACCAAAGUCUCAAAGCCAGCCCAGCGUGGAAAUUGCCAAACCUAGCCGUUUUAGAGAGAGCAGCGCAAUUAGUAUCCCCGAGCUUCCAACUGACGUGAAUAGCAACAUGUGCCCUGUCUAUUUAAAGGACACAGCAAAGAGAAAGAGCGACAAUGACGGGACACACGUUGGGGAUUUCGCAAACAUUCACCGGUCCUCAAAUAGGCUGUAUGUUAAGAAGCAAAAGUUAAAGGAUGAUACAAAAAUCGUGGAUGCAGAAAAUGUUUUUUCUGACUGUUAUGAAAGUAACCGCGAGUCACUCAGGAACCAAAGCAUUUGUGUGGAAAAAAGAGACUUGAUCAGUUUACACUACUAUAACCACAGUGGUAUCAAGCCUCAUGUAAGAGACUCUGAAAACAAUUUUACUAUAAAACUACAAAAUGGAAAUUGGGAAGAAGCAGAAACAUGCCUGGACAGUUACAUAUAUACCAGAUUAGAAAAAUCUCAAAGCUGGGACUGUAAUAUUAGACAUAUUUUGAGAAAAAAGAGGGAAAAUAGUUGGGUUAUGGAAAAUUACAAAACUAAACGUGAAAAUAUGAAAAAUCCUGGAGAAAAAUUGAAUUGGCUACAGUUAUUAGAAAUAGGUCUUUUCAGCAAAGUAGAUUAUUAUAAUACAAAAGCCAUGAACACACAUGAAGAACAACCAAAGUUUUUCAUGAUAGGCACACUGAGUUGCCAAAAAGCUUUAUUAAAUUGUUUUUGGUUAAAUGCUAAAGGAGAAAACAAUAAUAUGCUACAGUUGAAAUAUACUGCACAAAAGGGCUUUUGUUUAAGCAAUAUUUUUGAGAGUUUCAUUAUAGAAAGUUUUUGUUUCCGUAAAAGUAUUUCAGAAAAAGAUAAUAUUUUAAAUUGGUAUGAAAUUUUGAAGUGUAUAAAGCAAAUUGAUGUUCAAAAUCCAAUAACAAGGAAUAUGAAUGUCAUUAGAAAGAAUGAUAUUUUAAGCAUAUAUUUACAAACCAAUGUUUCAAAACCUCUAAGUAUUAUAUUGAAAAGCAACAUAGCUUCUUUGCUCAAUAACUUUGACUUUUUACCCGAAAUUGAAAAUGAUUCCAAAAUAGAAGAGGGAUGUAUUUUCAAAUGGAUAGUGUAUUUGAAUUAUCUAAAAAAUAUUAUGGUGGAAAUUCAUAUUGUAUAUUUGGGAAGGACUUUAACUUUUCCAAAACCAUUAGAAAAUAAUAUGAAAUCUAUGUUAGAGAAAAGAAAGCUGUUUAAAAUUGAACAAGUUUUUGAAGAGUCUAAGAAAAAAGUCAUCAAUUCCUUUAGCAUGACAACUAAAAAUAUACAUUUUCCAAUUUUUGAAAUACAUGAAAAUAUUUCUCUUUCAAUGGACUGUGAUGAUACGGACAAAAUUUCUUUGACAAAAGAAAUUAGUUACAAGAGUAAGAGUUGUCCUGAACAAGUCAUGAAUAUGGAAAAUUGGGAUCACUCUAGUACUAAUAGUGCUAAAAUACAUCUUAAGUCUCUUCCUGAAUUCACACAGAACAACCAUAAAUAUAUUAAUGAAAAAUUUUAUGAAAUCAAUAUUCACAGCCAAGAUUUAGAUACAGAAAGAAAACUGGAGCAUAAUAAGAUCAGUAGCUUUUAUUUUAAGCACGUAUUUGAAGAUUCCCUCAAUAUUAGGCAACAAACUAUGCUGACAAGCCACAACACAAAAUAUAGUAAAGAAACCAAUUCCACUAUUAUAACUCAGGUGCUCAAUUUUGGGAAUUUGCUGAAAAGUGGACUUGCAGGAAAGAAACAUAGCUUAAUUUUAAAGGAGGAAGAAAAAGCCACAGUACAAAGUUUAACAAACAUUGGCCAAGUUCAUGAAGAUAUUAAGAUUAAAAAGGAAGAGAAAAAUAGUUUUUAUUCAACGGAUGGCAUGUUUUCUGUGCAACCAGUUUCCUUAAUGAGAAAGAAAGUAAAUGUGAGAAACACUAAAUAUGUUAAUCAAAAUAAUCUAGCUGACAGACAUGAAGAUGAGAGUUUUUUGCAAGAAAGCGAGUUAGCUAAUUUAAAGCAUUUUCAUCCAAAGAAUGACUCUACAGAAUGUGUUAACUAUCAAUUUGAAACUGAUCUGAGUGUAGGGAACAAUGAAUGUUUUCAGAACUUAAAUGCCAAGUGUUUAUCAACAGAAGCUCUGACAAUAGCCAAAGAUUUUGAGAUGAAGAGUAAAUUUGAUUUAGUUCUUGAAGAACUUCGUAUGUUUCAUGAAAUUAGUAAGGAAAAUGAAAUUCUAAGCCCCAUGGAAACAAACAAUGGGCAAGGAAAUUACUUCGGAGAAAAUAAUGGUGUUGAGGAGGUAAAAAUGGAGAUAAAAAAAGAUUUGAAAAUGGGUACAGUCAACAAAAUAUGUGCAUGUUCUUUGCUCUGUGAUACUACAGCAGUUCCUAAUACGCGUAAAAGACACCAAAGUUUAUUUAAAUGGAAAACAGUACCCAAAAAUAAUGAACAGGAAGUUCCUAAUGAAUAUUGCUGGCCAAGAACAUCAGAGGAAGAAUUACUCUAUUCUACUUCUGAGGAAGAUUGUGAGAAACCCUCACCUAAAAGACCUGCUUUUUUCUCUGAUGAAUUUAAGGCAGAAAAAUCUAGUUACUUCCUGAUGAGAGGUACUAAUUUUUCAUAUGGAAUUUCAAGAGUACUACCUCUUAAGACAUGCAGUCGACCAAUCAGAAUUGGUUUGUCAAGAAAAGCUAAGCUGAAACAACUUCAUCCCUAUCUAAAAUAA